UUAAAAAAAAAUCCUAGAUAAAGACAAAUGAUAAAGUACACAUAUACUAUACGAUACUACAUAGUGACACCGCUUCUCCACCUCAACUGCAACUGCAACGUCUACGCGCUUUCAAUCCUAAACCUCCUCCAUAAAUAAACCCACCUUCCCCAACUCUCUCUCUCUCUCUCUCUCCUCUCACAAACACACACGCGCAUACAUAUUUACAGAGUAUAACAAGCUCGUUUAGCACUGACACAAUAUAAUUAGGCGUUUACAGUGUUUGGGAAGAAAUGAUGGGAAAUGGAGAUCCAGAGAGGGGAGCAGCCAGAAAGCACAGAAACCAGAGCUACUACGCAGGAGCAUACGACGCGGAUUAUCACGACUCCCAUUGGACUUCCUGGCUCGUUCCGAUGAUCGUUGUGGCCAACGUCGCCAUGUUCGUGGUCAUCAUGUUCGUCAACAACUGCCCCAAGAAUCACGACGGCCUCCGCGGAGACUGCGUCGCCAAGUUCCUCGGCCGCCUCUCAUUUCAGCCCCUCCGCGAAAACCCUCUCUUCGGCCCCUCUUCCUCCGCACUGGAAAAACUUGGAGCUCUUGAGUGGGACAAGAUAGUGCACCGCAAUCAAGCAUGGAGGCUCUUUACUUGCAUCUGGCUGCAUGCCGGUGUAAUUCAUUUACUUGCGAACAUGCUGAGCUUGGUGUUUAUUGGAAUUCGCCUAGAGCAGCAAUUUGGAUUUGUGCGUGUAGGGGUGAUUUACCUGUUGUCAGGUAUCGGUGGGAGCAUUCUAUCUUCCCUUUUCAUUCGGAAUAAUAUCUCUGUUGGGGCUUCUGGUGCUCUGUUUGGACUUCUUGGAGCAAUGUUAUCAGAGUUAUUUACUAACUGGACUAUUUAUACAAACAAGGCGGCAGCUCUUUUUACUCUGAUUGUCAUAAUUGCAAUCAACUUGGCCGUUGGAAUUCUUCCACAUGUCGACAACUUUGCACAUAUUGGAGGCUUUCUUUCUGGUUUCCUCCUCGGAUUUGUGCUCCUCGCUCGUCCCCAGUUUGGUUGGUUGGAAGGCCGGAAUCGCCCAGCUGAUACCAGGCUGAAAUCCAAAUACACGGUCUACCAAUACGUUUUCUGGAUUGCAGCCACUAUUUUGUUGAUUGUCGGAUUCACAGUAGGAUUGGUGAUGUUGUUCAAGGGCGAAAAUGCCAACGACAAAUGCAGCUGGUGUCAUUACCUGAGCUGCGUGCCUACAUCAAGAUGGAGCUGCGACAACUGAUCUGGAUUUCUCAGCCGGUUUGUGUUUGUUGUUGUUGUUGUUGUAUAUUUGUGGCCUUAUUUCGACUUAUUUCAUAGUCUUCGUCGUAUAGAAUUAUGGUUGGUUUGUUUAAUUAUAGCCAUUCAUAUUUGUUAUAUUGUGUACAUGCAUAGUAAUUAACAUCGACGAUAUUGCUAAAGGAAAUGCUAAUAUUUUCUUUUUCCUCCCUCGUUGACUCAAGGGAAUGUUAAUAUGCUAAAAGAAGUUCGUUUUA